UAUGACAAUAAACAAAACCUGUUGCAUUUUGACGUCAUCAAAUACUCGCCAUGAGUUGAAAAUUUGAUCUGGUGGUAUUUAAGUGAAGGAGUUUAUUCGUGAUGGGAAAAGACAGGAUGCCAAACUAUUUCGAUACUCCUGCUCAGAAUGGUGUCAAGCGCCAGCCAAAUCGUCAAAUGUCAACAGAGAUGUUCGACAUGUCAUCGAAGGUGAUGUUGAUAGGAGACAGCGGAGUGGGCAAGACUUGUCUACUGGUCAGAUUUAAAGACGGGGCUUUCCUCUCGGGGAGCUUUAUCUCGACAGUUGGGAUAGACUUCAGGAAUAAGGUUGUAGAUGUGGAUGGAACAAAGGUUAAGUUGCAGAUCUGGGACACGGCAGGUCAAGAGAGGUUUCGCAGUGUCACGCAUGCGUAUUACAGGGACGCUCACGCACUGCUACUACUUUACGAUGUGUCCAAUAAAGCUAGUUUUGAUAACAUUCGAGCGUGGCUUGGCGAAAUAAAUGAGUAUGCACAAGAGGAUGUCGUUAUCAUGCUGUUGGGGAAUAAGGCGGAUAUGGCGUCAGAGAAGGUGAUACGAACAGAAGACGGAGAACGAUUAGCUAAUGAAUAUAACGUUGCCUUUAUGGAAACGAGUGCCAAGACCGGGAUGAACGUCGACCUGGCAUUUAUGGCUGUUGCAAGAGACUUAAAGAUGAAAAAGACGAGGAAACCAACUGAUCCUAAAUUCAGUGUAACGGACUACGUCAAUCAGGAAAAGCAGAGCGUGGGAUGUUGCAGUAGCUAGCCAACUGUUUUUGUGCAAUACAAUAGUGCAUCACGUGUAAUCAAUUUCCAUCAGUCCAAGUGCUGUUGUCAUUUCUAUGGUAAUACUCUUUCAGCAUUGGUUAAUUCACCAGAUCUUUGAAAUCAGGAAAAAUGCACCUUUAUCUUCCUCAAAAAGAAAAGAGUACACAAUGAUCAUGUUUGACGAUUUAUUAAUAGGUAACAGUUUGUAUUGAUUUGUUAUGUACACUGCAUAUUGUGAUGAAGCAGUUCAUUGUGAUUGAUUUGAAGCCAGAGGUUUCUAAUGACCCUCAUUACAAUUACUAAUUGUAAUUACUCUAGGUUCUCCAUUAUUUACAUUAUUUAAGAAUGGAUACAUUUUUCGCUUUGAGUUUGAAGACACAUUCUGUCUGUCCUUCUCUCUGUCUGUCAAAACUUGGAAUAUUGAUUGUAACCUUAAGGGAUAGAGAAUCCAUAUUUACACCAAAGCUUGUCGGGGCUGCUUCAUGUGUAACAGAGACGAAGGGGGUGAAACUGUUAUUUAACAAAGAUAUUUGGUUACGUAUCAAUAAUUCGAGAAAGCCUGUACUAAGAUGUUUAUAUGGAAUGGUUGAGUUUUCAUUUGAUGUCAAGGUUUGCUUCAGAUCUGUAAAUAUAUUUAAUAGUUCCAAAACCGCCUUUUAAAAGUAUAUCACAUAAAUCACAUGGAUACAUGUUGAAGUGAUAAAACCAUCUAUCCAUUUUUCUUGGUAAUCACGAAGGCAAUAAAUUUAAUCAUGAAUCUCUAGGUAGCAUUGUGGUAUCACAUUCGCUUACCAUCUCUAUCGGCAGUGGUUGUGUGUGAAAGCUAACGGUGGUCAACCUCUUCAGACAUGCGCGUUUACUCCGGGUAUCCAGGCUCUCGAUUCCAUAAUUAUGAUCCCAUCUUACCAUCAACAUCAGAAUAAGGACCACUGGAAAUGAGUCCUCGGGUUUUCAUGGGUUAUCAUGGUGCUCACUGUGUCAGCCAAGCGAGACUUUAUUUUUGUUUUGUUUUCAAAGUAUGUAUACUGGUAUAUUCCUGCCACACUGGUAUGGGUAUAGGUUCACGGAUCUGAUGCACAGGUGGUCAGAAAAUCUUAAUCUCUCUUAUAAAACAAAAAUAUUAACAUUUUAGGAAGACCUGGAAAUCUUAUAUAUAUAUAUAUAUAUCUUAUAAAACGUGUUUCUGGAAAGCAAACAUCCACGUAUAGAUAGAAUGGGGAUUUAAGGACACUUGCUAUAAAAAAAAAUUUCUUCUUCAAAAAUGAUGAAAACUUAUAUAGAGUUAUAUAGGAAGGUGGUAAUAUAUUUCAACUUUUGAACGUCAUAGAAAAAUUGCAAGAUCCUUUUAUUUUAGAAUAUUCAUAUUUGUACAACCAAGUUAAUCCCCAAAAAUAUAUUAUCAACCCAUGCAUCCAAUGUUUUGUUUGUAUCAAGUAUCCUUAAAUUUUGUUAAGGUUUUUUUUUCUGUUGACAUGUUGUGUUAUAGAAGAGUAAUAAAGGAUCAUUUGUAAUUCUAUUCCUAUAUAUCUUCUGUUUUGGGUUUUUUCCCCCCAGUUUUCCUACGAUAUCUUAACCAUGUGGUAUUUAUCCGUGUUGUGUUAUUGAAAUUUUGUCUUUCAUGAUUAUUGGAGACGUUUUUGUGAUGAACAAAUGAUCAAUACCUCUUAUGUAAAAUCCAUACUUCUUUGUGAAUUGCUCAUCUUUGAUUGAUUGAUUCAUUACAGAUAUUGAAUAUACAAGUUUCAGAUAUUGACACAAAGUAUAGGUGAAGGGAACUUAGAUGUAGCGGUGCAUAUCUAGUAAGCUUUAUUGGUAGCCUUUAAGUUUUCAAGAUUAAAGUCUAUUCAUAUUUUCCAUAAAAGUGAAUUAUAACCCCAAGAUCACAUCUUCAGGUAUUAAGGCAAAAGAAUUUAGUACACGAGUGAUUUUGAUAUUUAGCAAAGCCAACAGGUGAUGCUUGAAAUUAUUUCCAAUAUACACUGUACAUUUAAAUGGUGCUCACUUUAAAUUUGGAUAAUUUAAACAAUAUGAGGAUGGUUACGAUGAGAACAGAUUAAUUUUUAUCAUUUUUCACUAGUAGUUAUGAAAUAUCACCAACAGGAGUUUUCUGUUGUCUUGAAAGCUUGCUAUCAUGUUGAAAGAAGUUACAUUAAAUAAUUCAACGUGUACGAUGUUGCGUUGUUAGAGUGCAAAUGUUGUGUUGAUGUAAUUAGUGCUAAGAUCUGAUAUUAUUGUUUUCAAUAAAAUGUUGCAAAAUAUA